GUUCAAAAUGGUGCUGCGGCGGAUCUUUCAUGCUUUGAUAAAUAACGCUCAAGUGGUGGAGAAGCUCUCGGAGUCUCGACCUAUCAGACGCGCGGCGCAGAUCACGGCCUUCGCCAUCGCUAAAGCACAGAUCGCCGGGAAAGACGCCUCGACCAAGCUGCUCAGAUCCGACACUGUCCGCCAGAUACGUGAGGAGACGUCAAAGAUGCCCAGGGAUGUGGAAGAGUUGGGUCGGAGAGCUACUAGACUGCGGGAUACGUUUGUAAAGGAAGUGAAAGAGGGGAUGAGAGACGCCAACAAACGGAUAAAAGACAAUAAGUGACUGGAUGAGUGAACCUUAUAUUUUUGUUUUAUGGCCCUCAAUAAACUAUAUUAAAUUAAUAUCACUGUAAAGUCUAUAAGAAUGUUGGUAAUGGUGCUUGAAUAACUGUAUGUAGGUGCCUUGUUGAUGUGAAAUAAAGGAAGGAUUUGCGAUUA